AGUGUGGCGCUGUUGUUAAAGAGUGCUGCUGAUGGGAUGGCUGAGUUGAAGUAGAUUUUUUUUUUUAAAUAUUUAUUCAUUUACCUAAAAUCAUUUAGUUUGGCUAGAAACUUCAACAAAUUAACAAGCUUUAAAUAAAAGUGGAGAAAAAGUAAUAAAAAAAUAUAUUUUAAAAAAUAAAGAAAAACAAAAAAAAAGUAACUCAAGUUUUAAAUAAGAGUUACUUAGCCAAAUAAUAACAAUAUAUAUAUAUAAAAAAAAGAAACAAACGUAAUACAAUUAACACAUUCAGUGUUGAAGUAAUAAUAGCACAAAAAAAAUAUAAUAAAAGUUACAUAAAAUAUAUAAAAUGUUGGAAACUGAAAUGAUGCAACAGCCAAAAUUAAACGGUCCCAGCAAUGCUGAUGAUUACGAUCCUUAUGUCUGCUCCCUGCCAGCCGACCUCAAAAAGGUAGCCAAAGAAGAGCUGCACGAAGAUGAAAACAUACGCAAACAGGCAUUGGCACAAUUUCGCGAAUGGAUCGGCAAACAUCCACACAUUAAGAAAUGUCGUACAGACACCAUUUUCCUGUUGAGAUUUUUGCGCACCAAGAAAUUCUCCGUACCAGCCGCCUGUGAAAUGUUGGAACGUUACUUGACCAUACGACAACUCUUUCCACAAUGGUUCAAGAAACUCGAUAUUGAAGAUCCAGCUAUAAAUGAAAUUUUCGAAAACGGCUAUUUGGUACCUUUGCCCCAACGUGAUGAACAUGGACGUCAAGUGAUAUUCUCUGUGGCCGCUAAAUUUGAUCCUUACAAAUUCACCUCAGUACAAAUGGCCCGCAUACAUUCGUUGAUCUGUGAAGCUUUGCUGGACGAUGAGGAAUCACAGGUGGCCGGCUAUGUGUAUGUGAAUGAUGAGAGUGGCAUGAAUAUGGGUUUUGUGAGUUUGUGGUCGUUGACAGAUUUGAGGAGUAUCAUUAAGUGUAUACAGAAUUCGACACCAAUGAGACACAAGGAAACCCAUUUCAUUAAUAUUCCCCACUAUGCCAACAGAAUUAUUGAGUUGGCCGUUUCCAUGUUGAGCGAUAAAUUGAAGAAGCGUAUUAUUGUCCACAAAAAUGUUGAAGCCCUUAAGACCAAAAUCGAUCCUGCCAUUUUACCCAAAGAAUAUGGUGGCACUGUACCCUUGGCCGAUAUGAUUAAAGAAUUCAAAGUGAAAUUGCAACAGAAACGUGCUGCCAUCUUGGCUCUAGAUGACAUGCAAAUUGAAGUGACAAAAGAUGCCGCCAACUUUGCAGGCAAUGAUAUUGGUGACAUUGAUGCCGGCGUAGUGGGUAGUUUUAGAAAACUAGAAGUAGAUUAAAUGAAUGGCUUCCCCAGCAAUAUGCGACAACAAAUCCUUAAAGAAAAUCUUCUCAUGUUCUUUUACUUUUUAAUGUUUAGUAUUUAGUUUAACUAUUGUUUAUUUUUUUUUAAUUUUUGGUAUUUUUAAGUUUUUUUUAAAUGUCUAUUAUUAAUGAAAAAUAUGUAUAUGAAACGUUAUGUAUUUGAAAUUGUAUACUGAUUACGAUGAUGAUGAUGAUGCUGUUCAUCAUCUUCAUCAUUUUGAUGAUUAAAAUGUAUUUGUAAAAAACUAGGUAGGUUAAAUUCCCAACGGUAUUACAUACUUACUAUUUAUUUACUGCAUAUACAAACAUUUUAUGAUACAAAACACACAUUUUUAAAAAUGCAUAUCCAUGUAUAAUAUUCUACAUUAUUCUUUUCAACAACAUGUAGAGCGGACAAAGAAAUUCUAACUUAAACUGCUGUUGUAUUUAUUAUUAUCAUUAUUAUUCUUUUUUUAUAUACAUUAUAUAUAAACUAUUUACAUAUAUGUUUUAUUAUAUUGUCAUGUAAUUUUUUUGUCUACUUGUGAAUGUGUAGUUUAGUUAUUAAAUUUGACUUUUUUUAAAAAAAAAUAUACAAAAACCCACAAAUAAAUGUAAUAUAUAAUUAAAAAAAA